CUUCUGACCUCCAGCGAUCCCCUCGCCUUGGCCUCCCAGAGUGCUAGGAUUACAGGUGUGAGCCACGGCUCCAGGCCUACAAAACCUUUGUUUUGGACAUGUGAAGACUGAGAUAUCACUAGAAAUCUAACUGGUGAAUUGUCGAGGAAGCAGUUGGGUGUAUAAGUUCAGGAGUGAAUUGGAACUAGAGAGAUAAAUUUGGGAACUGUGGAGUAUAGUUGGUUAAGCCACUAAACUGGUUGCAAUCAACUAGGGGACAAAUGUAGAUAGAAGUCCAAGGACCAAGCCCAGGGACCAAGCCCAUGUUUAAGGAUUUAAAAAAGGAGAAGAACCCAGCACAAGCGGUGGAGAAAGCAGUCAGGGAGCUAGAAGGAAAGCCAGGAGCUUCCAAGGCCAAGUGGGUAAAGUGCAUGUGCCAGAUCCUUAGAGAAGCUGAGUGAGAUGAGGACAAAGGACGCAUCGCUGGCUUUGUCACGUGAAGGUCCACAGUUUCACUGGAGUGUUGGGAUGAAAGCUUCUGGAAUGGGCUCAAAAGGGAAAAGGGAGAGGAGUGGAGAUGAUGAGUCCAGACAAGUCUUUAGAGAAGUGUAACUGAAAAGGGGAACGGAGGAGCAGGACGGUAUCUGGACACGGCGUGGGGUCAAGAGGGAGGGCUGCUACAGCCGCAGAUAUUCGGAAGUGCCCUGUGGUGGGACGUCCCACUAUCAUUGCUGUUAUAAAUAGUGCUGAUGAAUGAAGGCCCGCCCCAUCAGGGUCUUGUUUUUGAAAAGAAAUGUCCUUGUUCUGGGUGUGUAUUUUGUCAACAUGACAUCCUGCUGAUCAUGUGUUUGUUCAACAUUUCUGUUUUGUUGAAAGGUAGAAGGCUCUGACAUUGCUCACUCAGGUGUCCCCAGCAUUUCAGAUCCUGCAAAGAACCCCUGAGGCUGCUUGGCUCAAUUCCCGCCCUGACCAACCCCCUUGGCCCCAGCCCCAUGGGUCCCCCUCCUGGAGUGGUGUAGCCACACCAAAAGUUCCAGAAGGGCAGAGGCUGUGUUAGGGCCAUCAAAUCCUUCCUUCCCUAGAACACCUGCCCGCCCGCCUCUUGGAGCUCCUGGGGAGAGGAAUGGUCCCCACGAGUCCCUAACGACCGCUCCAGUGAGCAAGACCUUCAUGAGUCAGGGUGCCCGCUGGGACCCUGCUUCUUACGCCGCAGGAGAGCUGUGGGCCAGCUGGGCCUGCCCCGAGGACUGGGCCAGGGCCCUGUAGGGGCCAACAGGAAAAGGCCUGAAGGGCCAAGUGCUUAGCAGUCAAAGACCAAGGCAGCCGGACUCAGCCAGACACUAGGCUCCUGGUUCCUCUGAAACAUCUGCAGGUCUUGGGCAAUGGGGGGCUCUCAGCCACCAUGGCCGAGGUCUGUGGGACCUCAUCGUCGCCCCAGAUGGUCUUUACCAGGCCUGCACAGGCCUCAGUGAUCAUAUCUUCUUACAACAGGCCCCUACACACACACACACACACACACAUACUCAGAAAUGUACUGAUACACACCAAUAUGGACACAGACACACCAUGACGUACCUAUAUGCAAACAAUGUGGUUUGUGUGUAGGUAUGUCACACUCCACAUGCUGAGAAGCGCAAUGAUGCACCCAGCCACUGUGCACAUACACUGGCAUAAAAGUACAGACGUGGCCACGCUGACACACACAGCAGCCUUCUAUACAAACUCACACACCGACACACAUACCUGCCGUACAGAGCCGCGCUGACACACACAGCAGCCUUCUAUAAAAACACACACCGACACACAUACCUGCCGUACGGAGCCGCGCUGACACACCGGACAGACACACUGAAGCACAUCUACGCACACGACACUUGCACACGUGCACCGCACACCACACACACCCUGGCCUGCACAGUCACACACAUUCUAACAAGCCCCAAGGUCUCCAGGGCUCUCCUGGGGCUGUUGCCCACCCCUUCCACUCCACCCCUCAGGGGAGAUGACGUCCCGGAGGGAACAGAGAUCUCCGGUCCUAUCUUAAGCGCUGCUGGAUCCCGAGUGACGUCAGCCAGUCAGUCCCCUCGCUGCUGCCGGGAGCUGCGAGCUCUGUGCUGGGGCCAGGCCGGCACCAGGCACCGACACUUCGACACUUCGGCCCUUGUUGGGAAAACAGAGAGAGGCUCUCUUGUCCGCUGCCUGUCUUCAGCAACCACUGCUGGUUCUCCCAGAGGCUUCUCAGGCCGUGCAGAGAGCCCACCUGAUCACUGCCACAGAAUGGACUCCAGCCUGGCCGGGGCUCCCAGUCCACAGCCCUCCAGGGCCAAUGGGAACGUCCACCUGGGGCCUUCAGCCAACCCAAAUGCCAGGCCCACAGACUUCGACUUUCUCAAAGUCAUUGGCAAAGGGAACUACGGGAAGGUCCUACUGGCCAAGCACAAGUCUGACGGGACGUUCUAUGCAGUGAAGGUGCUGCAGAAAAAAUCCAUCUUAAAGAAGAAAGAGCUCUUCUUCCACCUGCAGCGGGAGCGCCGGUUCCUGGAGCCCCGGGCCCGCUUCUAUGCUGCAGAGGUGGCCAGCGCCAUCGGCUACCUGCACUCCCUCAACAUCAUUUACAGGGACUUGAAACCAGAGAACAUUCUCUUGGACUGCCAGGGACACGUGGUGCUGACGGACUUCGGCCUCUGCAAGGAAGGUGUCGAGCCCGAGGAGACCACGUCCACGUUCUGUGGCACCCCUGAGUACUUGGCUCCAGAAGUGCUCCGCAAAGAGCCGUACGACCGGGCGGUGGACUGGUGGUGCCUGGGGGCAGUCCUCUAUGAGAUGCUACACGGCCUGCCGCCCUUCUACAGCCAAGACGUGUCCCAGAUGUAUGAGAACAUUCUGCACCAGCCACUACAGAUCCCUGGGGGCCGGACAGUGGCCGCCUGCGACCUCCUGCAAGGCCUUCUCCACAAGGACCAGAGGCAGCGGCUGGGCUCCAAAGCAGACUUCCUCGAGAUAAAGAAUCAUGUAUUCUUCAGCCCCAUAAACUGGGACGACCUGUACCACAAGAGGCUAACUCCCCCCUUCAACCCAAAUGUGGCAGGACCUGCUGACUUGAAAAACUUUGACCCAGAGUUCACCCAGGAAGCUGUGUCCAAGUCCAUUGGCUGCACCCCUGACACUGUGGCCAGCAGCUCUGGGACCUCAAGUGCAUUCCUGGGAUUUUCGUAUGCACAGGAGAAUGACGGCCUCUUAGAUGGCUAGAAGAGGAGCACUGUGAAACCACUGAGACCAGUGCGGAGUUACCUUCAGCUGCUAAAAACAGAGAUGCAAAGUAACAAUGACUUGAAUGAGAAACAAGUUUAUUUUUUUCCUAUCACAUGAAAGAAUAGUGUUAGGCGGUCUAGGGCUAGUGUGACAGGGCAUCAGACACUCACAGGCAAUGGCUUCCAAUAUUAGGGUUGCUGCAUUAUCACAAAAUGGUUCCUGGAGCUCUAGCCACCAAUUUUGUGUUCUGGGCAGCAAAAAAGGAGGAAGGGAAAAGAGCAAAAUGGCACUUUUAAAAGCUAUCCCAGAUCCCCACCAAUGACUUCUGCUUACAUCUCCCUAACCACACACCCUUGCCUGGAUUGGAGGCUGGGCUGUGUGGCUCAUCAGUGGGGCACGUGACUACCCAGCGGACACUAAGAGAGAAAGGGAGAUGUUGGAUAGGCAACCAAGCACUCUUUACCAGAAGGGCUCCUAGUGUUUGGAUUUUGAUCCUAAUGUGUAAAAUGACAGAGAUAUAAACUAGCUUAUAGGGUGUCAGCCAACAUCUCCA